AUGUCAAUGCCUUUCAUUUCUUUUCAGAGACUCUUUGUUCUACUCAGCAGCUAUUCCGUUAAGACCAUCGACAAUAUCUGCGAUUUAGAUCCAGCCAUAAUAUGUAUGUUGCAAACACAAACGUAUACAUCUAGCACAUUUGUACCUAUAAUAAUCAUGUAUUUCUAA